AUGGAUCAACAAGCUCAGGCUCGAGGCCGGUCGCUUUCGACUGGCCAUCAGCAGUCUCAUAUAAACCACUCUCACUCCCCGUCGCCUACGCCCUAUCAGCAUAACGAUCCAUCCGUCGGCCUUGGUCUUACACUCGAUCAGUCCGCCCACCAGUCCUACGAUUCCUUCAGUAACUCUGGUUUCCUGAGCCCUCAACAGUCGCCUUCAUAUCUUCCACCUGCGCAUCAACAGCAGACCAACUCUUUCGGCCAGGCCAAUCUAUCCGACCCCGCUAUUCUCGACCCCAGUAACACCUCGCUGCCCUUCAACAACCAGUCUCAGGCAGCUUAUCUGUCGCCCAACCUGAACGACAACGAUUUCUCUCUUUUCCCGAGUACCAGUGGCCAGAGUGACCAGUUCAACGCUCCGUUGUUUGACCAGUCUACUUUGAACCCCAACGAUAUGAAUACCAUGGCGGCGCAAGGGCAUCACUCGCCCACCCCUCCUCACUUGUUCCAGCAUGAUGCUCAACAGCCUGGUUCUGCUCACCAGUCACCCGCAUUUAACCAGCAUCAAUUCUCAUCUCCGCCUAGUCACUCGCGACAUGCCUCUCUUGGACCUGCAGAUGCUCUUCUCCCAAACCAAAUAGCAGACUGGAACCGACCUCAGUUCCAGGGCCACCGUCGCACACCAUCUGAAUACUCAGACGUCUCAUCCGUUGCUCCAUCGCCCAAUCUUGUUAGCGCCGAGUCUUUUGAAACCGAUAUUGGCGGGCAUUCACCUGCCCAUCGCCCUUCAGAUGGCGGUUUAUAUCAGGAAGUGUUGAGCAUUGGUAACUUUAGUCUUUCCGACCCUCAGGUCGGUGGUAGCCCUGGACACCAGGGCCGUAGUCCGUCCCAUAGUCCCGCCAUUAGCCCUCGCAUUGUUCCUCAGCAGAUGCCCGACCUGACCCAGCUGAAUCAAAACAGCUUUGGUUUGGCAGCGCCUCACAACCCAUAUGGGGUACCCUCUACCUACUCCGACGUCAAUGCGCCCGUUGAGGCUUUCCCUAACCUUCAGCCAUCAGGUGCCGAUUUGUCGUCAAUGGCACCUCCCGCCAUCAACAUUGAUUUUGCACCUACGAAUGCUAAGCAAGGUGCCUUUGAUCAACCCAAAUCGCGUAUGGAUCAAGAUUCUUUGACUCCCCCCGACAGAGGUCGUCCAAGAUCCCGUCCUCGUGCCGUGACAGACCCUUUCCACCAAGGCGGCGGCAUGAUGGGUCGCCAAGGCAAUGCGAACAUGAUGUCGCCUUCUCUAGGUGCCGACUUGUUAGCACGCCCAGACUCUAGGUCUCUGUCGCCUCUUGAUAGGCAAGCGGGCACUUCGCCCUCCCGAAGAAGACAGUCCACAUCGGCGGUACCCAACAACGUCAUUGCCCUGCGAUUGGCAGACCCUGAAUACCAGAAUAACCAGGACAACGGGGCUGCCAAGCGCGUUCAGAAGCAUCCAGCCACUUUCCAGUGUACACUGUGCCCUAAGCGAUUUACACGUGCUUACAACCUGCGCUCGCAUCUAAGAACACACACCGAUGAGCGUCCUUUCGUAUGCACUGUUUGUGGAAAAGCCUUUGCGAGACAACACGACCGUAAGCGUCACGAAAGUCUGCACUCUGGAGAGAAGAAGUUUGUGUGCAAGGGCGAUCUCAAGGUGGGAGGCCAAUGGGGCUGCGGCAGGCGGUUUGCCCGUGCCGAUGCUUUGGGUCGCCACUUUAGAUCUGAGGCAGGCCGUAUCUGCAUCAAACCUCUGUUGGAUGAAGAAAUGAUGGAACGACAACGACUCUGGCAAGAGCAGAGAAUGCAGCAAAAUAUGGCACAGAGCAUGGCGGCCGCAUCCAGUAUGCCAAUGGAUGGCCCUGUCUAUCCUAUGGAUCCUUCAGGCAACCCCAUGCUCCCGGCAGCUCUUCUGGCGCAGUACCCUGCACUGGCCCAAUUGAAUUGGUCAACUCCUGAUGUGAAUUCAGGUAUGGAGGACGAAGUCAGCGGGCGCUCAUCGUUUGAUGCCAGUGACUACGACGAAAAUGAAGAUGGAGGAUACGUGAGCGGCCCUGGAACAGGGUUUGGCGAGGGCGGCAUGGGUCAAGGGUUCGGUGAGAUGGGAUAUGCCAGUGACUUUGGUGGCCGAUGA